AAAAAUUAAUUUAGAUCGCUUCUUGUUCUCUCUCUCUCACUCGAAACGCAGCCGUUGCAAUCCCUUAACCCCUUAAUCCCUUAAACCCCCAACACCGAAAAGAGCUUCUUCCAUGGCUGCUGCUGCAUAGAAAAAUAUCCCAAAAAGAAAAAAAACAACAAUGAAAGCCUUGAGAUUCCUAAGAACCACACUCAAUUCCUGUUCUCAUCACAAAACCAACAACUCCAUAUUCCGCGCUUUCUUCUCAGCCGAACCACUCCCCCCUGAAUCCGAUUCUAAUCCCACAGACUCAGUCUUCGACAGUUCCCACUACGAACUCGCCUUUCCCCAAGAGCCCAAGCCCAAGCCCAAGCCUACUUGGGAUGAGAAAUACAGGAACAAGGCCGAACAAUUGGUGUUUGGCGACGAAUCAGGCCCUAAGGGAAAACUUAAAUUGAAGGAGGAAGAGGAUGAGAGAAAAAGAAGGGCUCUUGCUAAGGCUUUACUGGAAGCUGCACUUGAUGAGAGAGAGGAGGAGGAAGAAGAAGAAGAAGGAGGAGGAGGAGAGAAUGUUGGUGUUGUGAAGGAAGAGGAUCAGAAGUCUUUGUCGGUUGGGAUUAUUGGUGCUCCUAAUGCUGGCAAAUCUGCACUCACUAAUUUUAUGGUUGGAACAAAGGUGGCGGCUGUUUCACGUAAGACAAACACCACAACUCAUGAAGUUGUGGGAGUGUUGACAAAAGGAGACACCCAAAUUUGUUUUUUUGAUACACCAGGGCUCAUGCUAAAUUGUGGUGGAUUCCCUUACAAGGAUGUCAAGGCUCGUGUUGAAAGUGCUUGGAGUUCAGUAAAUCUCUAUGAAGUGCUCAUAGUCAUUUUUGAUGUUCAGAGACAUCUUACCAGGCCUGAUUCAAGAGUUGUAAAACUAAUAAAGCGUAUGGGAGAACGAUCCAUUCCAAAUCAAAAGCGAGUUUUGUGUAUGAAUAAGAUUGAUUUAGUAGAGAAAAAGAAAGACUUAUUGAAGGUUGCUGAAGAAUUCAAAGAUCUCCCUGGAUUUGAAAGGCAUUUCAUGAUAUCAGGACUGAAGGGGGCUGGAGUAAAAGACUUGACUCAGUUCUUGAUGGAGCAGGCAGUAGAACGACCCUGGGAAGAAGAUCCAUUUACCAUGACCGAGGAAGUUAUGAAAAUGAUUUCGUUAGAAGUUGUGCGUGAAAGGUUGUUGGACCAUGUACAUCAGGAAAUUCCUUACGAUAUUGAACAUAGGUUGAUUGACUGGAAAGAGUUGCGAGACGGUUCUAUUAGGAUUGAGCAACACUUUGUCACUAACAAAUUAAGUCAACGCAAGAUUCUUGUGGGGAAGAAUGGCUCAAAAAUUGGGAGAAUAGGAAUUGAAGCUAAUGAAGAGCUAAGGACCAUUUUCAAAAAGCAGGUCCAUCUAAUUCUUCAGGUUAGGCUUAAAUAAUCAACGAGGAAAAUAUAUUUGGUAUUCAGAAUAUACCUUCUUUGCCACACCAUGUUAUGCAGCAUGUAAAAUGUCAAAAGUGUGUGUGGAUUACUCUGGACCUUCAAAGUCCUUGAAGAUUACAAACCCUGCUUGAGAUCAAGGUGAUCAUAGACAAAAUCAUUUCUGUGGAGAAACAGGUUGAGUUCUAGGACUCAAAUUUACUAUUUUAUUACCAAAGUUUAAGGUCUCAAUCUUUAAGUUUAUGGUUGUGUAUGAAAAUUGAAGGGAAAUUUAUGUAUUUUUUGUUUAUUCUUCAAAGUUAUUUUGAUUUAUAGAUGUUUUUAUACAAAACAUAACUAGGGCAUUUGGUUGUAUCAUGAUUAAUGUUACUUUGGGUACUCUAAAAUUGCCCCUUUUCAUCAACCCCUCCCCUGCUCCACACUUAGGAGUGAGAUAAGAGUUUUGUUUUUGUACGAUGUUGUUUUCUGUAAAGCAAUUUUGAUGAUAAAAAUUUAUUAUAUAUCUA